AUGAAACCGAAGGUCUACCAAUUUGUGGUGGCCCUUUUUGCUGCCUUCGGAUCCUUCCUUUACGGUUAUGACCUGGGUGUCAUCGCCUCCGUCGUUGCGUCAGACUCUUUUGUCAGCAAGUUCUUGACUCAUAAUGGGAGCGUAAUCUCUGGAACAGUUGUGUCCUUGUUCACAGCUGGUGCGUUCUUUGGAGCCCUAGGAGCGGGCUAUACUGACCCACUCGGUCGUCGCGCAACCCUCGUGUUGGGAUCUGUGCUGUUCUGUAUCGGAGGCAUCCUCCAAACAGCAGCCGUCAACGUUGGCAUGUUGCUGUUCUCACGCAUCUUUGCUGGUUUCGGGAUAGGUAUUCUUGUCGAAACCGUCCCUAUGUUCCAGGCAGAGAUUGCACAUGCCAGCAUCCGAGGUAUUUUGGGGUCGCUUCAGCAGACCAUGCUGGGCAUCGGUGCAUUAUCCGCGUCCUGGAUCGGAUAUGGCUGUGAAAAAUCUUGGGCCAAUACUGGCGAUAGUGUUCAGUGGCGACUUCCUCUAGCACUUCAGCUGGUUCCGGCUAUUGGCCUAGCUUCAUGCAUCUACUUCUUCCCCGAGUCACCUCGCUGGCUUAUUGACCACGAUCGUCACGAAGAAGGAUUGCACAACCUGGCUCGCCUGCACGCCAACGGUAACAUUGACGACCCAUAUGUCCGGGCAGAGUAUGAGUUGAUCCAGCGUCAAAUCGAGGAGGAGCAUCAGCACGCCGCCAAGUCCUAUAAGGAGUUGUUUGCUAACCGUUCCAACACACGUCGCAUCAUUCUUGCGUGUGCCUGUCAAGCAUCCAGCCAGAUGACCGGCGUCUCCGCCAUCCAAUAUUUCUCCCCAGCCAUCUUCGCACAAAUCGGAAUCUCCACCUCAAAAACACUUCUCUACCAAGGCAUCAACUCGAUCAUCGGCGAGCUCGCGCAAUUCAUAUUCUUCUUCCUCAUCGACCGCGUUGGCCGUCGCCCAUUGCAGAUCGGAGGCAACAUCGCCUGUGGGGUUGCCUUUAUCAUCGGCGCCUCGCUCCUGUCGCAGUACCCUCCCGACUCCACCAACACGGCCGCGCACUGGGCCUUCAUUGUUGCCAGCACCUGGGUCUUCAAUUUCUGUUUCUGUGCCUCGGGGACCAUGUCCUGGAUUAUCCCCGCUGAGAUCUUCAACACCGCCACCCGCGCCAAGGGCAUCUCGCUGGCGACCAUGGUCUCGUUCGCAUUCAACACGAUGAUCGCGCAGGUCACGCCCAUCGCGCUGGAGCGCAUCGGCUGGCGCUAUUACUUGUUGUUCAUCGUGUGUGACUUCGGCAAUGCGCUGUUCUUCUAUAUGUUCUUGCCGGAAACAAAAGGGCUGUCGCUGGAGGUGAUGGACGAUUUGUUCACCAAUGCACCGUUGUUGGUUCCCGGCAGCCGGUGGGAGGUGUCGCCGGAGGUAAAUAUUGAGAAGGCGUUGGCGCAGGAGGCUGCUGCGGUAGCUAGCUAUGUAGGCGUUUCCGGGAGCAAGAACAAGAGCUCACCCGAAAUGCCUGAAGUCUCUGAAUAG